AUGUCGCAGGAGAAUGUGAUAAAAGAUUCAUUCACCUGACCGGGGAAGUGCGAGAUCUGGAGAGGUAUUUAAAGAGAAUGGCGAAGGGCAACAACGUAAAUUUCGAUGGCCCCCCCCCCUAUCCAGCCAGCCAACUGGUUAAUUAAAUAUUAGGGCUUUUCAGCCCCCACAUAAAUAAAUGAAGGACAUGGUUGUCUUUUUCUGACUUUUUUUUUUUUUGUUCUCUGAGCCACCGGCGGAAGAUGUGGCAGUUGGGGACCGAAUGGUCUUUCUGAUUAAAGACAAUAACAUUUUUCGGACAUUUUCAUCUUACUACUUACAGCUAGAGGGCCCUAUGCCACCCGUGACGCGUUGUUGGAACUGUGGCUCUUUCCUUGGUUGCCAGUGCUUCUUCUUUUCCGGGGUUGACUGCACGGAGGUGGUCAGAGUUCAGCUGCCUCCGGCGCGUAUGAAAGUGCGCCGGAAGUCCAAGUCAGUACGUGUCAAGGCUUCAUCGAUGCGUUACAGCUGCUAUCCACAAAGGCAAGCGAGCGGGUUCGUGGAUGGCUACGGGACGUCCCCUGUCGUUUCCCUUGCCGUCUUCCUGCAUGCAAAACAUUUUCGACAACUUUUUGAGCUAGAAUUCGCUUCUUGUUUUGGGAAGUAAUGGAAUGGGGGCACUUGAACUGGAAGUUUCUGUCGCUCCGGUGCACGAGUGUGUUAAAGGGUGUUGAAUGAGAACAACGUCACUCAUGUAAAUGGGACAUGCGGCCAAGAUUGUACCGUCACCAGAACUGUCUGAAAGCGAGGUCGUCUCAGCGUCCCGUGAACCGGCGUUGGCCCCACGGGAACUGCACUUGCCAUCCCACGGUAUCAACCUUGCGCCGAUCGACGGUCCAGAAGAUUUCCGGAUUAUAAAACUGCCCGGUGGUGGCUUGACCUUCACAUUCUCCGUCAGCAGCACAUAGGUCAUAGCAGGCAGGGAGAGUUGGAUUGGAUCAGAAUCCAUGGUAAUAUCCUCCCUCCUUUACAGCUUACACGUACAAAUUGCCAACCGGGUUGGAAUUCUUAAUCCAGUCACAACCUGAUCCAAGUUACUUGAUCCAACCCCGGCUAAAAAUUAAAAUCCCACUUUGCUUGCUUGUGGGUUUUUGUAUUUAGGGGACGUCUUGUCCUCCAAUUUUGAUAUACAUUCCCA